AUGCAGUACCUCACUCUCGCCCUCUACAUCGGUGUCUCUGCCGCUCAGAGCCUCACUUUCCCCGCGGUCUCAGGACCCAUUACGGGACUUCCUGCUGGAUGCACGUUUACGACCUCUGGCAACGUCAAUGUGCUUGCCAGGGCUUGCAACAUCCCCGCUGGCACGACUGUGGACCUUGGCAACCGCGAAUUCGACCGCGGUGUGACUUGCAACGAUAGCGGCAGCCCUGGACCCGAGGACGCUGUGUUCAUCCUGGGCUCAGGUGCUACUCUCCGCAACGCCAUCAUUGGUGUACGCCAGCUAGAUGGUGUUCACUGCUCGGGAGCUUGCACUGUCAGGAGCGUUUGGUUCCGUGAUGUCUGCGAAGACGCUAUCUCUGCUACUGGAAGCGGUGAUGUGCUCAUCACCGGUGGAGGAGCUCAGAAUGCCAACGACAAGGUUGUCCAGCAUAAUGGACCUGGUAGGGUCACGAUCGAGAACUACACGGUCGUCAAUGUUGGCAAACUUUACAGGUCAUGCGGCAACUGCGGUAACAACCAGGCUCGGUCCCCCCGACAGGUGACCGUUACUGGUCUCCGCGCCAACGGCAUCAGGACCAACGUUGCGGGCAUUAACUCCAACUUUGGCGACUCUGCCACCAUCAGCGGCUCAUGCGGUACUGUCACCGGUGAGAUUUGCCAACAAUUCAACGGUGUCAACCCUGGAGCCGAGAGCCCAGAGAUUGCUGGAAAGCAGAGGUGCCUGGGUGCCCAGGGAGCGCUCGCCAGGGGAACACUGCCCAGGUGCUAG